AUGAAAGAAAAAGUCUCCGAGCAGCUCGAGAAAUAUUUCUUUAAUCUUCAGUAUGAAGACUAUGAUAAACCUGACCAAAAACUCAUUCAGCUUCUAUCCUUGGAAACUGAAGAAUGCGAAGAACUAUAUCAAAAAGAGCCACAACUUUUUGAUCAAUACUUUAAAGUAGCUAAAGCAAAUGAACCUGAUACCGAAUCAGAACAGGAAGACAAUCCUAACAUAAACGCUGUCAAGUUCGAAUACUCAGAUAGCAACGAAGAAAUGGAAGCAGAAUCUUCAUAUAUGGCCGCAAACAGAGGCGAGAUAAAGAAGAAAAAGAACUAUGAGUUCAAAAUGCCUGUCCAUAACGAUGAAUUUGGAAAUGCAAAAAAUGUUCUCCUACUUUUAGAACACAAGACUGAUGGAAUUGUGCAAAAAUUCCUUAGAAAUAAUAAUUGGAAUGAAGAAUUACAUGGAUUAGACCUUUUUGAUAAUCUUAUAAAUGUCAUUUACACUACCUUCUUAGGACUAGAUUAUGUCUCCAAUAAAGACUUCACUAUAAAUAAGAAAGUCGACAUAGCAAGAGUCUCAAUGACAAAACUCCAGUUACAUGAUAUUUGUCUCCUUGACAAAUACACAUGUAGAUAUGAAUCAUAUCUUUAUGAUAUUCCACAGAGAUGUGAAUAUUCACAAUGGAUAUCUGCUUAUCUUAUGAAAAUACCAAUCAUUGGAGAAAUCUGUACUGAAAGAUGGAAAAAAGAAGCCAUUGGAGAAAUUCAGCAAACCAGUCUUUCUUAUGCAAAAAAAAUUGCAAAGAAGAAAUUGACAGAAUAUGUCAAGACAGGUAUAAACAACAAAAAGCUUAAAACUAUAAGCAAGGAUUGUUGUAACAUUCUGUCUGAUUUCAAAGAUUUUGAUAUCGGAAGAAAAACUUAUACUAAGAAAAGUAUAAAGAAUAAAAACAAAAAGAAAUACAAAUCUUUUUGGAAGAAGAAAAAGAGAAGAUAUUCUCCAGGAAAAUACUUCAAAAAAUCUUCGAAAGAAACACCUAAAAAGAAUACUUCCUACCCACAAGGAAAGAAAAAAUGCAGGUGUUGGAUUUGCAACGAAGAAGGACACUACGCUAAUGAAUGUCCAAAUAGGAAAAAGUACCCUGACAAGGUCAAAGUAUUACAAGCCGCUAAUAACGGAGGCUAUGAAGCUCUUGAAGAAGAAUACGACGGUAUACAACGUGUUUUCAUUCUACAUGUUGAUACUAAUUCCUCGUCAUCCUCAGAAGAAGAUGAAACAACUACUGAUGACUCAGAAUAG